CUCGACAGGAGGUCUCUUGUUAUAACUGGAAACCUUCUAGUUUUCUCCUAAAUUACCUGAAAGCAGAUAAAUGUUAUCAAAGAUACCAGGAAAGAUCCAAGAAAUGUGCUGAAAUUAACUUAAAUCCAGCAGAAGAUGAAUUCGAUGAUACUAGUGAUAUAGCAAAACCUGUUCAAGUCUUUCUUCUUUAGAUUAUUUAACACCUAGGGUAUGAUUUGCUGGAUAAGAUGCAGUUACCUCCCCCACCACCUGCUUGGCUACCAGACGAAUUACGUAGGCUUGAAGAGGCUCCACAAAGUUCAUAUAAUAGUGUUUGGAAUGAAAUUAGAGAUUACUCUAAUGCUGCGCCAUCUUUUCCAGUAGAGAGUGCUAGCCGUCAGACAUGCCCAUGGUAUGAAAUGCCUUGCAGCAUCUUCUGCAGAAGUAAAUCGGAAGAACCAGUUACAAACAACUUGAUGGCAAAAGUUAUAGACAUGCAAAAUACAGGAGCAGAUCCUUCAGUAAUGGUAAAAGUGGAGGCUUCAAAAUUUUGUGGAUUCUGCAAAAACAAUGGGGCCAGGGAGAAAUUAUACAUGAGCCACUGCCUCAGGGACUCAAGUGGUAGGUUGGCAUGUGAAGUCUUGCGAAAUUAUGUUUGUCCGAUAUGUGGUGCAACUGGAGAUGAUGCCCACACAGUUAACUAUUGUCCACAGAAGAAUCAAAACAAAAACACAGUCCCUUUGGCAAUAAAAUUGAGAAAGACUAAAAGAAACGCUACUACUUUCAGGAGUACUUCUUCUAGGUGAGAGUUCAUAAAUGUUAUUUUGUCCCUUUUUUAAUUGUAAGGAGAUUUUAUUAAAGAUUUGUACAAUACUUCUGAAUACUAUUUCAUUUCUGAAGAUGCCCAUAAAAGUUGGGAUGCAUGAUAAUGAAAUAAUUUGAGAAAAUGAGUAAUCAUUAGUUGUAUAGAAGUCAUAACUUCAGUGAAUUGUUGAUUUUUGAGUUGGUAAUGAACUCAAUAUUAAUUUCAAAUACAUACUACUAAUUUCAAACUGUAUGUAUUUUAUACUGUGAAAGCCAGAAGACUUAAGAGUACUACAUGUGUAAUGCUAUGUUGAUUUUUUUUAUCAAGGAAAUCUUUCAUGAAUGAUGUAAUUCACAAAUUAGUAAAUAAGUGUAGUAUUUUGAGAGACUUGCUCAACAUUUCAUAAUGUACUAUUAUAGAUUCACAUCAAGCGUGCAUCUGAUGGCUAAGCCAGUCCCUUACGACGCUCCUGGUUGUCUGUUGAUAAGCCAAUCACAGGGCUGGGAACUCAGUCUCUCUUGAGAGUUCACAUAACAGUAUGUAUGUUCCACCUCUCCUGAGGGAUACAUCUUUCAAAAGUAUCCCUUAGGAGAGGUGGAACAUACAUCUUGCCUAUGUGAACACUCUCGAGAGACGGAGGGUUUCCACCCCUGUGAUUGGCUUAUCAGCAGCCUAUCAGGAGCGUUGUAAGGGACUCCCCUAGACAUCAGAUGCAUGGUUGUUGUGAAUCUACUAUAGUAUAUGUAUUAUGUGGCCUUACAAUGAAGUGUACAGAAUCAAACUGAAAUUUUGUCAAUUGAAUUUAGUAAGAUUUUGUUUUCGUAAUUUUUUGUAACCCUGUUUUGGUUUACCAUGUUACUGUAAUAAAAAAGUAAUUGACUGCAUAUGCAUACUGUAUAUUAGAUAUACGUAUGGUACAGUAUGUGUACUGUUGUGUAUAUAUGUGUAUUUGAGUAUUAUUAUUAUAUUAUUAUUAAUAUUAAUAAAUAGUAAAUGGUAGUUUUUAUGUACGUAAAUGUGCAAAAUUAGCUAGAAGCCUACAUGUUUUCAUUGUAAAAUACCCUAUGUAAAUGUAUGUGCAGUUAACAUACAAGAGAGCAAAUUUAUAUUUUCAGUUUUGACUCCGACUGUUUCAAAAGCUCAAAACUGUGUUUUAUAAGUAAAGUGAAGACAUAAUUGCUAGAAAAUAUUAACUGAAAUGAAAUGGAAAAUUAUAAUAAUAAAUAAUAGUAUUGUAGUAAUUACUGAUUUCAAGGAACAAAUACUAUAUACAGUAUUUGAGUUUUCAUCAAUAAUCUUUAAAAUGUUUAAUGAUGUAAGUUUUUUUUUAAAUGAAAAUUCUGUCUCAGCUGUACUGAUAGAAGUUGUUAAGAUUAUUUAUUAUCUAAAAAAUUAUUUUGAAAGCUCCACAAAUGAACUAACCAAUUAACCUCCAAAGGACUUGAAUGUAUGCUUGGCCAACAAAAAAUCCCUUUGUUUUGUUUGUGAGAUUAUUACAUCUGGAACUGCAGGGGAAUAUGGGUAGAAUAUGUGAGCAUAUUUAAACUGUACCAGGACCAAAAUAAUUGCCGUUUUGUUGUGUUAGGGCAAAGCAUUAGCUGUUUCAAAGCUCCCUUAAAACAUGUGUUUAUUUUCCUACCUUGUAAAUUUUUUUUCUUAUGUCCUUUAUUGAAGUAAAGUUUAAUUUUGCUAUAUUUAUAUUUUGAUGAUGUGGAUUAAAUCACAGAAUUUUUCUACUUAAUAGAUUGUAACUUUGACAUAAAUUUUGUUAUGAUAUACCUAGUACAAUGCAUAGUACAAAAUAUUUCCUGUAGCAUUAAAGUUUAUACAAAUAAGGAGAAAGUUGCUUAAGGAAGUCAUGAAAUAAGACUUUGUUGUGUAUUGUUUCACAAAUGGAGUUUUUUAUCAUAGUAUGCUUAUGACUAGUAAAUACAUUGUCAGCUGCCUUGUUUCAUAGAAAGUCUGACGUUGACAUGGAGAGUGUUUUUUGUUAAAGUGGAAUAGAAUAACUUAAUGUUUUGUUACCUUAGAAGCAUUCCAUUUCCAGAGGAUUUAUUGUGUCUGUCAUUCUGUUAUUUUGAAGUGUUAUAACCAAACCACGGUGUGUCUUACUUUUUAUUUAAAAUCCUGUGGCACAGGAUCUAGCUCCAGAAGAAGACUGGUCUCUCUUAAAUUAUGGAAGAUUAAAUGAGUGGAAAACAGAAGCAUUAAGAAAAAUCCAUAUCUGGCCUCUGGACUAAAAGGUCACUUGAGUGUAACCAUUCUUAAAUGAGAGGUAAAAAUGAGUGCAGUUUGGAGUUAGAAGUUUGAUGGCAAUAGCAGACCAGGGGAGUAGAGAAAUUUAAUUAGAUAGAAAGCUUGUAUCUAAGACUAACUGAAUACUGUGAAUGCUAUUAAUGCUGUCAAUAGUACACUGAGAAAGGAAUAUUGUAGGAAUUUCUCCCAUAUGGUGUUUUGUUUACAAAAGCCAUUUUUCAAAUGUUUUGACAAAGAUUGUAAAUGUGGUCUAAUUGGAGCACUUUUAUAUGUUUUUGUGGUUGUGAUAAACGUUUAAGAGGAAUUUACUUCUCCAGAAUCCAUUUAUUUAUUUAGAUAGUGAUGAUACAUUCAGGAAGCAAUUUGGUUUGAGCUUUGAAGUGUACAUGGAUAGAUUGUAGCUUUUUUUCCUCUCUCGUGUCUUCCCAUAAUGUGAAAAGUCAACACCAGCAUCAUGAGCUUUUCUACUUCAGAUUGUGGUUUUUUUUUAUAAAGUAAGGUGUUUAAAAAGUUUUCUCCACUUUCUUCUGUAUAGAGUACUGCAUGUAUGAAUUCCCAUCUUAUCUAGGUCAUUGUCUGUGCCAUUUUCUCUAGUUUUUGGCUCUUUUUGAAAGUCCUUGCCUGUUACUUUCAGGUCUACUACUAUUCUGACCAAGGGCUUCUCAUCCUUUCCCAUCACAUGUCCAAACCAUUUGUCCUUGAGAUCCCAGUCUGUUUUCAAGCUGCUGGAUACAGUACGUGUGUAUCUUCACUGCAACCCCCUAAUUUGUUGUCCAUGAAUCUUUGUAUUCUUGUACUCAAAACCAUUUCAA